UCUAAAUCUGAAAUCUACAUUUAGACUAGCAAUAACAAAUUUACUAAUAUUGUUCUUAUCUAGAUAUUAGGUCUCCUUAACUAGAGCACCAUAGUCUAGAUCUACAUUCACCAAUUUGGCAAUUGUCAUCGUUGAUUCCUCUCUUACUCUUAGUUAAUUUAUUUUAAAAUUUUUAAGUUAAUGGAGCAAGUAUGAAAGAAAAAUCCCAAAGUGGAGUUGAAGCAGUGUAUACUGACAUGUAUGCAGAGCCUUUCUUUUGUGAUUCCAGCUACACUCAGGAGGUGCCUCCAAAGAAAUCUUGCCUAGAUGUAAGAGCAGUAGAUAAACCAAACCAGACAUUAUCUAAAUCUGUGGUGCCCACUCAUCAGCCAACCCAUAACACAGCCCAUUCAGAUUGCUACACACAAAAGUAUGGAGAUGACACAGACAGUAGCCUCAACAGUACUAGGAUCUCAAGUGCUGCUUUGGAAUCUGAAAAUGAAACUCCUUUUAAAUGCAGCAGUUAUUCAGAACUACUGCAUGAACUUGGACAAAAUUCAAAACUUGUUUUCAUGCAAUAUUUACAGGUGUUUUCUGACAGUGAAAUGUAUGAGCAGCAAGGUUACCAAGCUGUUGAGGACCUCAAUGCUCACAGUCAAUUCCUUUUACAAGAAUUAAAUAACCAAAAAGAAAUGAUUUGUGAACGCUUAAGGGAUAUUGCCAAUUCUCUCAAGUCAGCCUUCUAACAACUAAGAGUAUUUUAAAUGAGUGUCAAAAGAAAGAAAUAUGGUAGAAAAGUUUCUUCUUAACUACAUUUUAUUUAAUAAUGGUUUAAAUCAGAUCAAAGUCUUGAAAACUCAGUAAAAUCAUUUUAAACAAUUUGCCGUAGUUUUUGCAUUAUUUUAGUUUCUAGUUGCCCUACUUAACUUUCUCAUGUUUGAAAUGCAACAGAAUUGUUACUUUUUAACAAUGUUAGUGGUAGUUAAAUACCAAUAAAUAGAAGUGUUUACAGAUAUCAAAGGUCAUUACUACUUACAGAUAUACUUUUAAAAAUUAAAACAAUUAGUUUACUGCAUUUUUUGCCACAAUAUUAAUAUCAAGUUGUAUUAAAUUUUUUAUGUCUGGAUUUUUAUUGAGUUGGAUUUUAAUGUAUCUUUUUAAUAUUUUUGUAGAUGUAAUUGGCAGAUUUUAGGUGUGGAAUUCUUUAGCUUUGGAAAUAUGGUAUGGUGUUUUAAAUUAUCAAGUUCUUCCUAUUUCUUUAGCCCUUGAAAAACAUUGGGCACAAAUGACACUUCAACAACUAACUCAAUUACCUUUUAACUCACAGCUUGGAAAUUUUGACUGGCCUCCUUAUGUCAAGAUGUAUCUUAAUACCUUUUCACAUGUUGCAGAGCUAUUUAACAAAAAAGAUUGAACAUAUGAGCUGAGUUGUUCUUGACAUAACAGGUGAAUAACAGCUGGGUUUAAGCAUGCUGAUUCCAGUUUAACAUUAAGUCAUUAAGACAGAGCAGUUGAAUAACACCUGGCUUCUCCAGCUUGCGCAUCAUUUGAAACACUUCCAAAAUUAGCCAAAGAGUGAUUUCUUCUUUAUUCUCACAUCUUUUUAUUUGUCCAUCAGUUUCUCAAGUUGCUGGUUAUUAUAUUAGUUUUAUUGAUGUUAAUAUUUGAGUUGCUGCUUGAGCUUGUUUCUGGCUAUUAUUUUUGUUUUGACAUGCUAAGUUUAACUGAGACAUUUGUUUUGAUCUGUUUAUGUUGUUGACUCAGUAUGAGGAGGCAGAGAUCAACUGCAAAAGCCAAGACUUUCAAACUUCAAAACUAUAAAAUAAACAAGAUGAUUAAAUG